CCGCCUGGUGAGAGUGAAGUGCAGCAGCAGCCCUCAGCUGUGUGAGGAUGUGAAAAUGGAGACUUCAGAUGGAGGAAUGUCCACAUGGUCAGAAGUCUGUGUGAAGAAAGAGGAGACGCUGGAGCUGAACAUCAGCAGCCAUGGAGAUAACCUCCACACCAAACCUGAAGAUAUCCCCAUUAAAGAGGAAGAUCCUGACCAUGAAGACCAGCUCUACUGUGAGAUCUGCAAAUCCUUCUUCUUCAACAAGUGUGAGGUUCAUGGUUCUCCCCUCUUCAUCCCUGAUACGCCUGUCCCCAUGGGGGUCUCUGACCGAGCCAGACAAACUCUUCCUCCUGGACUAGAGAUUCAGGAGUCCAGUAUUCCUGAUGCAGGCCUGGGAGUGUUUAAUAAGGGGGAGACUGUUCCAGUAGGUGCACACUUUGGACCCUAUCAGGGAGAGCUGGUGGACAGAGAGGAGGCCAUGAACAGUGGAUACUCCUGGGCGAUACACAGGAGCAAUCAGUGUGAAGAGUACAUAGAUGCCAAAAGAGAAACAUAUGCAAAUUGGAUGAGGUAUGUGAAUUGUGCCCGUAAUGAUGAAGAACAGAAUCUUGUGGCAUUUCAGUAUCGAGGACAAAUUCUGUAUCGGUGCUGCCGACCCAUUGACCCAGGAGAGGAGCUCUUGGUGUGGUAUGAAGAGGAGUACACCAAAGAUCUCAGUCCUGUGUUUGAACACCUCUGGAACAAAAAGUGCUCCACAUAUGGCUCAAAUGUAACUGGAAAAAGAGGAGAAGAGCAGCCACAUCUUCAACACCUUCAACAACACCAGCGUGUUCACACAGCAGAGAAACCAUAUAACUGUUUUCAAUGCGGAAAGAGUUUUAAACGUCGUGGUGAUCUCAACCAACACCAGCGCAUUCACACAGGAGAGAAGCCGCAUCAUUGCUCACAGUGUGGGAAGAGUUUUAUUCGACAGGGUGAUCUUCAGCGACACCAGGGUAUUCACACAGGAGAGAAACCGUAUCGCUGCUUACAGUGUGGAAGGGGUUUUAACAGGAGGAGUAAUCUCCAGAGACACCAGUGCGUUCACACUGAAGAGAAGCUCUAUCACUGCUCACAAUGUGGAAGGAGUUUUAAUCAACAGAGUCAUGAACAAGCACAGCAGCAGAGCCACACAGAAGAGAAGCCAUUUCACUGCUCACAGUGUGGAAGUUUUAAUGAACAAAGUUCUACCAUCCAAACAACCCAGCAUAUUCGUACUGGAAAGAAACCGUAUCACUGCUCACAGUGUGGAAAAGGUUUUAAUCAACGGAGUAAUCUCCAACAACACCUGCGCAUUCACACAGGAGAGAAACCGUACCAAUGUUUACAGUGUGGAAAGAGCUUUAUUCGAAAGCGUGAUCUCAAACAGCAUCAGGAUUUUCACACAGGAGAGAAGCCGCAUCACUGCUCACAGUGUGGAAAGAGUUUUAUUCAUAAGAAUAAUCUCCAAAGACACCAGCGCAUUCACACAGGAGUAAAGCCGUAUCAGUGUUUACAGUGUGGCAUGGCUUUUAAUCGACAGCGUGCUCUCCAACAACACCAGUUCAUUCACACAGUAGUGAAGCCGUAUCACUGCUUACAGUGUGGAAAGGGUUUUACCGAAGAAAGUAUUCUCAGACGACACCAGCGCAUUCACACAGGAGAGAAGCCGUAUCACUGCUCACAGUGUGGAAGGGCUUUCACUCAACAGAGUCAUCUCCAACGGCACCAGAGCAUCCACGCAGGAGAGAAGUCAUAUUACUGUUCGCAGUGUGGGAAAAGUUUCAUUCGACAAGGUGAUCUCCAAAGACAUGGGCGCAUUCACACAGGAGACAAGCCGUAUCAGUGCUCGCGGUGUGGGAAGAGUUUCAAUCGGCAGAGUAAUCUCCAAAGACACCAGCUCAUUCACACUGGAGAGAAGCCGUAUCACUGUGGAAAGAGUUUUCUAGACCAAAGUCAUCUCUGAAAGAAACAUGACUAUUUUCACAUUACAGAAUGCCGUUUUAAUUCAGUUACAUUUCAUUUGUAUGGUACGUCUGGAUGUUUAAAAUAAAUAAGUGUAGACAACAAGCCAGAGGCAGUGGUGGUGAGGAGAAAUUCCCGAAGAUGACACGAGGGAAAAAACACUUGAAAGGAACCAGGCUCAACUUAGUUAAACUCAGAUCAACACAAAGUAUAUAUACAGGAAUACGGUUAAAAAUAUUAGAUAGUUCAUUUUAUGAUGAAAUCUGGUCUGUACGUCAUUUCAGUUAGCUAGCUUAAGGUUUAUAUGCCAAACACUACAUUUUUGGAUUGUAGUACAGACCGAUAUGAAACACCACCGCCUGUGUCCCCGUCUAUUAUUAACUUCAUUUGAAACCUGUAGAGGGCAUGAGCAUGAUUCAUUUCUCUUUUAAGGGUUCAUCUGUUUUCUGUUGUUUGUUUUGUUACUUUUUAUAUGUUCUCUUGUUUCUUUUGCUGUGUAAUACUUGAUUUUGGAAGGCUGUAAUCGUCCCUUAAAAAACCGGUUAAAUAAACAAAAAUACCGCCUAAUA